AUGAGGGGCCCUAGUCCUUACCGCCACGAGCAGCAGCAGCAGCAGCUACAGCAGCAGCAACAGCAACAACUCCAGCAGCAGCAGCAGCAGGAACUGCAGCAGCAGCAGCAGCAGCAGCAAGAGCAGAAGCGGCAGCGGCGAAGCUGGCUGCAAGACAAUCAGAGAGAAGGUACUCCUUCCAUCUGUGGGGCCCCCACAACUCCGAAGUACCCCUUUACCCAUGAGGGCCCCGGGGGCCCCCAGGGUCUUGGGGGCCCCCAGGGUCUUGGGGGCCCCCAGGGUCUUGGGGGCCCCCAGGGUCUUGGGGGCCCCCAGGGUCUAGGGGGCCCCGGGGGCCCCCGGGGCCCUGGGGGCCCCCAUGGGUCUGGGGGCCAGCUGGGUCCUGGGGGCCCCCGCUGGGUUGGGGGCCCCCAGGGUACUCCGGUAUACGGGGGCCCCAGAAGGACCCCUUUGGGGGCCCCCCUAGUCAAGGGGCCCCCUGGGGGCCCCUCCCCCAGGGGGCCCCCUGGGGGCCCCUCCCCCAGGGGGCCCCCUGGGGGCCCCCCGUUGUGUCAGCUUUCUAGAGAAAGCCCUUUAUGGGGGGCCCCCGUGGGGGCCCCCCAGGUUGGGGGCCCCCGCGGCACCCCUUGGGGCCCCAGAAGCCUCAAAGCAAGCCCGUUUGCUGCUUCUGCUUCUGCUGCUUCUGCUGCUUCUGCUGCUGCUGCUGCUGCUGCUGCUGCUGGCUCGCCCUCUCCAGCUGGGUGGCGGCAGCAGCAGCGCAGAACCCAAAAGGGUCUUUUUGGGGGCCCCUGUGGGGCCCCGGGGGCCCCCGGGGCCCCCGGGGCCCUGGGGGCCCCCGGGGCCCUGGGGGCCCUUGGGCUCCAGUCUUAUUCCCGGUAUUUGGGGAAGUCUGUUUGGAUUUAUACGGGGGGGGACACUUUUGUCUCCCAGCAGCAGCAGCAGCUGCUGCAGCAGCAGCUGCAGCAGCAGCAGCAGCAGCAGCAGCAGCAGCAGCAGCAGCAGCAGCAAACAGAAGAGGACAGGGAGGCCCGAGCUCUGGACCCCUUUAUUCGCGGAGUGCUUUGCAAGCCGCAGCCUGAGGGCCUGCCAACAAAUGUAGUAGCUGUUGCUAUUCCUGCAGCAGCAGCAGCAGCAGCAGCAGCAGCUGCUGCUGCUGCUGCUGCUGCUGCUGCUGCUGCUGAGCCUGCUGGUGGUGACGCUGAGGGAGAGCAGCAGAUUGUCUACGCGCCGCUGGAGACAGUUUUUCCCUCUGAUGAGGUCUUUGGCGUGCCGGACAACACUCAGGUGGCUAAACCCUAA